AUGGAUGUGUUUGAUUGGGGUGAUAUUCCGCAGGGCCAUGCGCGCCAAAACACUGUUGUCUAUACCAACAAGCCUGGGAAAACCGCUGUGGACGACGGUGGUGAAGCAUAUUAUGCCAUUGACGGAACUGACAAGACCUUUUUUGUUCGAGCUGCAACUCAUAUUCCCGAUUCACAUCCGGCGCGAACGGUAAUUGACCUCACCGGCAUGGGUCAAGGCCAACGUGAAUACUUGGAUCCCGCCAACCAAUCUCCAGUGACGCUGGUGAUUACGGGAAGCGAUAGUUAUGGUUUCAUUACAUCUAUUAGAUACGGCGCUGGAAACUGGAUGAAGAGCAUAUACGACGUCAUCAAGGACAGGCAGAUCCAGCACGUCGUCAUGCCCGGCACUCAUGACGCCGGAAUGAGCACCAUCAGUGGUCAGAUUCUCAGCGGAGGUAUCAGCGAGAAUACACAAACACAAGGCCUCAACAUCUAUAAUCAGCUCCGCGCAGGAUCUCGGUAUUUUGAUCUUCGUAUCGGAUCAGUGCACUCUAUCACGGACACUUCAGAAUACAGCUUUUGGACCUUGCACGUCAAUGAUGAGACAGCAGAAGUUGCAAUAGGUAAUUCUGGCGAGUCUCUAGAUGAUAUCAUCAGCGAGAUCAACCAAUUUACCGCUGAGAACCCUGGAGAAGUCAUAUUCUUCCACGUCAGAUACUUGAUCGGUAUUCGAAAGGUGCCCAGCCUGGGGCCCAUUUACUGGACAACUGCGAUCGUGAAUGACUUCUUUGGUAAGCUCAAAGGCGUCAACAAUCGCUGUGGCAACCUGGACACGAAUACCACUUUCAAUCAAAAGCCCGCGUCCUAUUUUAUGGACCAAAAUGGAGGCAAUGGUUGUGUAGUAUUUCUUCUCGCCGGAGACUUACAGUCAGGCGUGCCGCAAGACUCGGUAGCAGAUGGUAUUUACCAGGCCAAUCGACUUUCAAUUGCAGAUGACUGGUCUAAUUUGGGCGACACUCAGCCCAUGGCAGAAGAUCAGGCAUCAGACUGGAAGCAAGUGAUUCGCGGUGGCAGCUCUGAUACGUUUCACAUUAGUCAAUGGCUUGUGAGCGCGGACAUUGUCACCACGACUCUAUUUACUAUCGAAGGCAUUGGCAUUUUACCCACUAAUCCAGCACUCUACUGGAUGGGUGUGAAUCAAAUGACUCCCCAGAGCUGGCCGACCGUCAUUCUGACCGAUUACAUCGGCGUUGUUGUCAAGGGCCAACACAGCUGGGAACAACUGAGUGCGGACAUUUACACCUUGGCCAUUGGCCUGAACUUGUAUAUGGUCAGCGAGAACUGCGACGUGAGCACAAUAUCUUCACCGCUGCUGCCCAACGCAAACACGCGGCUCAAAAUGGCCACUUUGUCAAAGCCUUGGAAUGGCAUCCAUUUCGCAAAUGGCACGAUAGUUAAUGACCCGCCGCGUCAUUUGCACCCCGGUCGUGUUGAGAUACUAAGGAAAGGUACCCGAUUUUUAAAUGGCACAGUGUUGGGAGAGGACAUCGUCAACCCAGAUUUUAAUUCUACGGCCGUAUAG